AUGCAUCUAACGGAAAUACCCACGGAAGGCAGCGGUUUGACUAUCCUCUAUAUCGGCGGCCCCGAUGUCUUGCCGAGUAUUAUCAAAGCUGUUAGAGAUUUAUUAGCAAAUAUUAACAACCUCACGGCUAUCUGCGUUGUCUGUAAGGCUUUGAUCGCUAUGUUCACAGUACAUGCAUCAAAAUCUGGCAGCACAGAGCACAUUUCUAACCUGGAGAUGAGGCUGCUUAAUCGAGACCAUCACCGAUGCGUUGUGACUCGGAAACUGAAUAAAAUAGAGGCAGAAAAGCGUGCUAAUGGGGAUACAAAUAUUAAAGAUGACGGUAGAAAGCUCCUUCAUACUCAGUGCUAUGAUAACUUUCAGCUUGUCACAGUUGCCCCAAAGUCGGACGGUGAAAUUCGGGUCCGGAUGAUAGACAGUCAUAAUAUAGCUCACGCAGUAAGAGCAUGGCCGUUGAUUUUCACUUUUCUAUAUACCCUCGAUAUUCACAAAUGGUCCAAUAAUACCUAG